AUGGCCACGGCGGCUUCUAACCCCUACCUGCCGGGGAACAGCCUGCUCACGGCCGGCUCCAUUGUGCACUCGGACGCGGCCGGGGCGGGCGGCGGCGGAGGGGGCGGUGGCGGCGGCGGCGGCGGGGCGGGGGGCGGCGGCGGCGGCAUGCAGCCGGGGAGCGCCGCCGUGACCUCGGGCGCCUACCGGGGGGACCCGUCCUCGGUCAAGAUGGUCCAGAGCGACUUCAUGCAGGGGGCCAUGGCCGCCAGCAACGGCGGCCAUAUGCUGAGCCACGCGCACCAGUGGGUCACCGCCCUGCCUCACGCUGCCGCCGCUGCCGCCGCCGCUGCUGCCGCCGCUGUUGAAGCCAGCUCACCGUGGUCGGGCAGCGCGGUGGGCAUGGCCGGCAGCCCCCAGCAGCCGCCACAACCGCCGCCGCCGCCGCAGGGCCCCGACGUGAAGGGGGGCGCUGGACGCGAAGACCUGCACGCCGGCACCGCGCUGCACCACCGCGGACCGCCGCACCUCGGGCCCCCGCCGCCGCCCCCUCACCAGGGACACCCUGGGGGCUGGGGGGCCGCCGCCGCCGCCGCCGCUGCCGCCGCCGCCGCCGCUGCUGCCGCUCACCUCCCGUCCAUGGCGGGUGGCCAGCAGCCUCCGCCGCAGAGUCUGCUGUACUCGCAGCCCGGAGGCUUCACCGUGAACGGCAUGCUGAGCGCGCCCCCGGGGCCUGGCGGCGGCGGCGCUGGAGCGGGCGGCGGAGCCCAGAGCCUGGUUCACCCCGGGCUAGUGCGCGGGGACACUCCCGAGCUGGCUGAGCACCAUCACCACCAUCACCACCACGCGCACCCGCACCCGCCGCACCCGCACCACGCGCAGGGACCCCCGCAUCACGGCGGCGGCGGCGCGGGGCCAGGACUCAACAGCCACGACCCGCACUCGGACGAGGACACGCCGACGUCUGACGACCUGGAGCAGUUCGCGAAGCAGUUCAAGCAGCGGCGCAUCAAGCUGGGCUUCACCCAGGCGGACGUGGGCCUGGCUCUGGGCACACUCUAUGGCAACGUGUUCUCGCAGACCACUAUCUGCCGCUUCGAGGCCCUGCAGCUCAGUUUCAAGAACAUGUGCAAGCUCAAGCCGCUACUGAACAAGUGGCUGGAGGAGGCUGACUCGAGCACCGGCAGCCCCACCAGCAUUGACAAGAUCGCAGCGCAGGGCCGCAAGCGCAAGAAGCGGACCUCCAUCGAGGUUAGCGUCAAAGGCGCGCUGGAGAGCCACUUCCUCAAGUGCCCUAAACCCUCUGCGCAGGAGAUCACCAACUUGGCCGACAGUCUGCAGCUGGAAAAGGAGGUCGUGCGGGUCUGGUUCUGCAACCGACGCCAAAAGGAAAAACGUAUGACGCCCCCUGGCAUUCAGCAGCAGACGCCGGAGGAUGUCUACUCGCAGGUGGGUACGGUGAGCGCCGACACACCGCCACCGCACCACGGGCUGCAGACCAGCGUGCAGUGA